UAGUGGAGAUGUCAAUUUAUUAUAACCUUAAAUAUUCAUAAAAUAUUGUAACAAAUUAUAAAUUUAAGAAGUUUGUGUGUAUUUACUUUGCAAUGGCGGAAACUUUACCUUCUGCCAUUGAGCAAGAGUUAUUAGGCAUCAAAAAUUUAUUAUGGGGGAGCGAGAUAAAGACAGACAUUUUCAAAAGGUGGUCACAAGGUUUCUAUUUCAGCGGUAAUGAAAAAAGUGCUUUGGAACAGUCGGAGGGAGGGCCCUGUGCAAUAAUUGCCCCCGUCCAAGCCUUCAUAAUAAAAAACCUGCUCCUAGAAUACAAAGAUCUAUCCUUUAGGGAAAAAGUCAACCUCGAAAUACAGAACCAUUUUCUGAUCAAUGCUCUCAGUGAAAUCUUGGGACAGUGUACCAGCCAAAAGUAUUACAUAGUUUAUUUAGAUAGUACGUUUAGUGAUUCCGUCAGUGCGUCUGAUUUUAAUGGGGACAAAAAUGACAAUUCCAUGCUCGGUUCCCCCAAGAGCCUCUAUUCCUCUCUAAUUACAGACCCCCUCAGGUUCCACGAAGAGUUGAGGGUGCAUUGUUUCCAUUGCAUGGACGACGUCGUCAAGUAUUAUUUCGAGAAUAUUGAGAAACUCAAAGCGCAGUACGGCGUCCUCCUGUUCUUGUAUUCUGUGAUAGCUUCCAAGGGUCUGGAACAAGUAAAAUCGGAAUCGGAGACCCAAGACCCUUUAAUAGACGAGACUUAUGGUUACGGUAGUCAAUCUCUUAUCAAUCUGAUGAUCACCGGGAGGGCGACAACCUACGUAUGGGACCACGACCAAGACGUCGGUGGAUUAAAGCUGCGGGGUAUCGAGAAGCAGAGCCAAAUAGGAUUCAUAACGAUAAUGGAGUAUCACAGGUUCUGCACCGUCGGGUCGUUUUACAAGAAUCCCAUCCAUCCAGUGUGGGUGGUCGCAUCGGAUACACAUCUAACAGUCCUUUUCAGUGACGAAAGGAAGCUCGUAAGUCCGGAGACGAAAAGCGAGCAGGCCCGGAGGGUGUUCAAGAGCUUCGACCCGGAAGGCAACAAUUUCAUCAGUUCUGAUAAACUCCAGGACGUCCUGCGUGCUCUCGAUCUCGUCAGCGAGUUGGAGUACGUAAAUAUAAUGAAGAAGAAGAUGGACGGGGAAAAUUUGGGAAUCAUUUUGUUGCACGCUUUCAUGGACGAAUUUUUUCCUAAGGAGGAGUCUUCCACUCCCGAUAUGUUUACGCUGAUACAUUACAAUGGUCUCGCCCAGAGCAACGUUAAAGGACAGGUGCAGUACCACAUCGGUUCGGCCAUCUUACUGGAGUCCGAUCUGAAAUCCGUGUGCGAAUCGAACCCCAUGCUGACCGUUCUCCAAACAAAGUGGCCAAACAUAGAAGUAAAUUGGUGCGACAACGUCACCCCAUCCCUGAACUGAUUCCCCCUUUUCGGUUUGUUUUCUCUCGUCAUCCUCCUAUUUAAUAUGCAUUUAUCCAUUACUAUAUUUGUUGCACGGACGUUACAAAAAACUGUGUACGUAUAUUUUGCGGAAUAUUUCAGAAACGUGUAAUUGUAUUUUGUUUUCAUUAAAUUUGUAUUGUCAGUCCCCGAAUCGCUUUCCGUCCUCGGACGGAAUGUGUAGAGGAAUUUUUUUUGUUUAAAUUGUCGCGCUUGUAAAUCCGACGUUCUAGGGCGUCUCCCCCCGUCAUUUGGCGUUUUCCAGACAAUGUAAUAAAUUGUAUAGGUGUUUAAAUGAUUCGAUAAACUUUGAUAACUUUUGUAAGUACAAAUUGUGUAAAAUAUGACGAAAAGAUAUUAGUUGAAUUAAAAUUUUGUUACUGUAUAUCAUGCUUGUAUUUUAAGCCAAAAUAAUUAAAACAUG